AUGAAGCGUGAUAGGUAUCAAGAUACCAUGUCGAGUAAGGUAGUGGCCUUUUUGGCCAUCUUGGCUGUUUCUUCAGCGGGAAAAGAACCAACGAGAUGGUCUCGUAAGUUGAGCACGUAUACAUCGGACAUUAGCGACUGGGUUCCUCUGAGAGCCCCCGUUGAGAGGGAGUUACCUCAAAUCAAGAGACAAGCAAUAGCAGAGCCCAGGAUAUUGUCUGAGCCUUUCGCCGGGUUCGUAAGACCAACUGGAUUCAGUCAGGAGACAUUUCCUUCAAGAGCAUUUUAUAAUUCCCCGGCAAAUCGUCAACUUUAUCUUCAGUCAGUGCCUUCUGCACCUCAGAACUAUCUUUCAGAUCAAGGAUUUGGCCAAGGAUUAAGGUUUGGUCUAACGCAACCAAAUUUUCCUCUCAGUCAAGGCUUUAUUUCACCACAGUUUACCUUUGACAAUGUCCCGCAAAUUAAACCUAGACCACAAACAGGACCUGUUACGUUUGAAACCUCUCAACAAACUAGUCAACAUUUACCAUCUUCAAACCUUAAUCCUCAUACGUUAAAACCUUUCCAACCCCUAAAACCAAAACACGAAAUACCAAAGUUCGUGGACGGCUACCGCGCUGUAAACAGUAGCGACUUUAACUUCCCUAAACAGAAACCACAACCAUCACACAAAAUCAAAUUUGAUAGCUCCGACGUAUCCAAAGAGUCGUUCGGUCCUCCAAAAAAGAAUGUCGAAAGAGAAGAAGUUCAGCUUGUGUACGUGCCUUUAGAUUCCCUUAAUAGAGGACAAUUCAACUUUAGGAGCCCAUUGACAUCAGCACAACUUCUGAAUACUGAGCUUUACAAUCCUAAUCAUAAAUCGAAUCCUUUAAUGCAAAACCUCGCUGCCGAAUUCCAAGGACCGAUAAUAAAGCCUUUCGAUACGUUCAAUUCACAAGCAUUUGUCACAAACUUUAACAGUCAAUUACAUCAACUAGAUUCCAGACCAAAAUUCUCCACAGCAACAACAUCAUUUACUACAGCUGCAGCGACAACUCCUAAACCAAAAAAAUUGAAGCCACAUCAACCUCCGCUAGCAAUUUUUCUUACACAAGAUGCCAAGAAAGAAAGUCAAGUAAAAGUUGGAGAUGUGUUGUAUUCAUUGAAAAAUGCCAAUACAGUUCCAGUAUUGGAUUCUGUUAAUCCUUUAAAUGCACCAAAAGUAUUCAUCGGCCCUUCGUCUUUAUCGCCACCUGAAAAUUACGUCAAGUUUGAACUCCCGUAUUUGUCAAAUAUAGAAAAUAGUGACAAAAAAUUGAGACAACUGCCAUUCUUCGUGGCACCGCUUAGCUACAAUACGCCUCAAGGAUUUGCUAAAAUUCCAUUCCCGUCUCCCCACGUUGGAUCUGUAAUUAUAAACUCGCUUAUCAAGGACACGCCACAAACAAACAAGGCAACAACCGCAACUAAUUACUAUGGUAAUUCUUAUUCGGAACCAAUGUAUAAACAAGAACAUAAUUUAGCGACGCAAAAACCAAAAAUAAGUUACUAUACUACUUCUAGCCCUCAAACUAAUUCACCUACCUACGACCAAAAUUAUUAUUCAAUCGAGCCACAAUCAGUGAGUACAUUACGACCGCUAAAGGAACAGGAAGCUUACAAUAGCCCUCAACCAACUCCUGUAAAAACCACUUCGUAUUCUUUAAGCAAUGUAGAAAAUAACUACAAACCAACGCAGUUUGUAAACUUUCCUCAAGAUACAAGAUUCAAGCCUUCAGAUGCAUCAAACAAUUUGAAUGUUUUUAAAGUAGAAACAACAACCACACCGAGAACUACUUUUACUUCAACCACUAAGCUACCUACAACUCACGCAAGUCAGUUACUAGAGACUCACAAUCCUUAUUCAAUCAAUCAAGCAUUUCAUUUUAGCACACCAUUAGAUUACCACAACUUCUUUGAUGAAUAUAGGGAACCGUAUUCUACUGCAGGAAUUAAACAGUUACAAUCGCCAUCGACAACGCCUGUAACACCUGCAUCUCAAACUACAAAACAAGUGGAGUCAGAACAGUCACAGCCGCAGUCUCCUCAGCCGAUACAACAAUCGUUGCCAAAUUAUUUACAAAACUACACUCCAGAAUUACAUCAUGAAUCAGAAGUGCAAAACUCAAGAUAUCCCACUUUCAAUACAAAUAAUUAUUCCGCUAAAAUUAAUUCAGUCCCAGGAACUCAAUAUAAUAUUCCUAGUAAUCCAGCGAAUGCAGACGACAAUAUUAAAACGAUAAAUUAUGGGUCUCAAGAAAAUAUUAAAAGUAUAGAAUCUAUACAACCGACAUAUGAAAAUGAUACGAACGAAAAAAGUAAUCAAUCUGAAUAUUUUUCUAAUGACGCUCAAUCAACGAAAUCUUCCGCGGAAUACAACAACUAUGAUGUGGCGUACAAUUCACAUGAAACACAAUCCUCCACCACAAGCAGUACUACAACUACAACUACAACUAGAAGAUCUCCCAUUAGAACACGAGGACGACCUCGCUAUCCUACUACUAAAUCUGAAUCCGGCGAAUCAUCUACACGGGCUACUAUAACGAGACGACCUCUACGAGAAAGAAAACCUUUGCCUGUUAGACAAAAGUUUGAAACAAAUAAAAUAACAUCUGAAAAUCCAGUAAAAAAUCAAUUUGACACAAUAGAAAUUUCAACAAAAGCAAGUAGAGCACGAACUAGAGGAAAAGUACAUUUCAGACCAUCAGACGGUGAUGAACUUUAUCCAAAAAGAAAUAAGCAAAAGAGUAAAGAAGAAGAUUUAGCCUAUCAAAGAGACGUAUUGCACCAAAACUACCCUGUAACUUUAAUGGAAAGAGCUAGCACUGCCGAUAUAGAAGCCAUUACAGAACCGUCUGAAAAAUCAAUUUCAGCGAAUAAUCUUGAAGUGUUUAAGACUCAAGACACCGAAGACGCUUACAGCUAUGACAAAGUUUCAAUAACAGAACCUUCUAAUAGGGACAUAAAAGACUUAGUGCAGCAAUACACGACGGCUGUUGAUUCUGUUACCGACAUUUCUUAUACACAAAAAAUAAAAGCUGAUGAAAUUAACGAUUAUCAACCACAAGGCACUAAGGUACCACCAAAUGACGAAAUAUCAUAUGGCGACACCAGAGAAAAUAAUUAUUCCCACCAUAUAUCUCCUGAAUAUAACGUAGAUAAUCAAAAUAUGUCACAAAAUAAGCCACCCAAUUCUGUAGCUGAACAAAAUGCCUCUAUUUAUUCAGUCGAUGAUGUUUAUCAAUCUAAGGAAAAAGAAGAGAUAGCAUCAUCUAAUGGUGACGACAAUGCUAAAAUUUUAAGUCAAGAAAUUAAUCAGGAACAAGAACAUGAAGAGAACAUUGUGGAAACCACACCUUCAUACAAUAGAGUAAGAAUACGUCCAGGAGUUAUAAGACAGUAUCAUCAAGCCUCUACAACGGAAUACUCCAGACUGAAGAACGAUAGAAGAAAACCGCUUCAAGCUAUAACGUAUAGACCAGCUUUUGAUAAGCGCCGAACUACAAUGAAAAUUGAAGAGAUUGAAGCAGAUCUAAAAACAAAACAAAUUCAUAUAAGACCAGAGUUUCAAGAUUAUAAGCAACCUGUUUACAAACCAGAACCUUCAACUGAAUCUAUUACAUCAAGCACAACGGAAACAUCUACAAAACGUAGCCAAUUCCGCCGGAGACGGCCUAACUACACAGUGACUUCCACUGAAGGAGCCGUAACUAGAAGGAAUUACGAAAUUAAAAAUCGAUUCAGAGGACGACGGCCUACAGAGAAACCAACUGAAAAGUCCGAAAAUGAAGCAGAUGUAACAACAGUUAAAAAUAAUUUGCAUAGCCGAUAUAGCCAUAGACCGCGAUUAUCAGAAAGAUAUAAUAAAAAACCGGAAACUGAUGACCAAGUGACUGAAGAUCAGGAUUCAAAUUAUUCUAUAAAUAGACCAAAAUAUGCUGUACCAGAAUCAGACCGAUGGUCUCCAAAAAUUUCAAAGGAUUCCUUCAAGCCCUUUAACCCAAAUAAUAUAGCAGAUGACGUAAAAGUUGAAGAAAAUAUUGAUAAGCCUAAGGAUGAGGAGCUAGAUAUAAUAACGGCUAGAAACGAAUAUGAGGACAUACUUAUUUCUGUGACGCCUGCAACGAACAACAGAGCUCAGAAGAAAAUACCAGACAUACCACCAACCUUAGAAGCUCUAGUUGAACAAAGUAAAGUAACUAAAGCUGAUUCCAAUGACAGUAUGUCUACUUUUGAGAGCAUGCUUGAAGAAGUCAUGAAAAACUUAGAAGAACAAGAUGAAAAUGAAUACACAGGCAAAGUAAUGAAGCAUAAAGGUGGUGAAAUAGGAGAGAUCCCACCAGAGAAAAUUAUUUCUUCAGGAGAAAACUACUCACUUAAAUCUACAACUCCACUUCAAGACGACUUAGCAACUACAACACCGGAUCACAUUUCUCCUCUUAAUGAAACUGAGGAGGUGCCAAACAAAAAGAAUCGCCGUCGUGGUUUCUGGAAAAGAGUUAAAAAGGUUCGUCCUGUUAAUGAAGAAAUAGAAGUAGCCGAAUCUCAAUACUAUUCCAACGCAGUGAACCAACUUGGGGAAUCUAUACCUAAAAGUGUAUUCGAAAAGCCAGGAAAAAGCAACGCCAAAGUGGCGGUGACAACUUACAAACCAAAUUAUCAAUUUUUAAAAGAUUUCUUUGAAGUCGAAGACGAUCAACUUGAUGCUAUCCCAAAUAUAGAUCUACACAAAGUAGCAAGCAAUAAGCCUGAGAACAGCACAGAAACAUUAAAAGAAACUUUGCAUUCGACAACAAGAUCAUACUUAAAAAAGGAUAACUCUCCGGAAAAAUUUAACCCCGGCGACAUGGAUUUAGGAACAGGCUCGCCAGACCCUACGUUAGACGACGCUACAUACUAUAGUGACUCCACUGAACCUACUUCAAGCUCUAGCAUUGAUCGUUCCGACGGUUUUAGCUUUAUGGACUAUUUAUUUGGUGUAACAUCUUCUGACGAUAUAGAAUCUCCAAAUAGUAAAGCAGACUCAACAAAAUCAUCUCAAGAAGCUGACAUAAGAACCACACCAUUAGUUAAACAUGAAACGGAAACAGAAGCAGCUAAACUAAAGGCAACCACUGAAAACAGUUACAUUCCAGAGGAAAUCACAGCUGAAGUGACGAGUAACGUCAAUGAAGAUGUAACGGAAGCCAUUUCCGACAUUUUAAGAAACACAACAAACAUUAAUCCCAGUUCAAAGGAAGAGGAUGUAACACACAAGUCCCUGGUUAAAGUUGAAAGCUCAUCAGUAUCUAGUUUUAUGGAUCCAGCGAACGUUGUCAGUACUUCGAUGUCAACCGAAGUAUCUCACGAAACUGAAAUAUGUUUUAGAGGCAAAUGUAUAAAAACUAACAAAAUUCUAUUAUAAAAUGAAUCAGUGGUGCUCACAAUGUGUUCAAAACCGUUAGUGUUGUAAUGAGGGACUAUUUAAAUGUACUAUUAUAACUAGGUAUAAGCUUUUAACUCUCUUGAGUUUUCGAAAUAUUUAUUAUAUUUAUAAACCUUAGACCUUCAGAUCAUGUAAAUAGAAUGAAAAGCUAUAUUUUUGCUAGAAUUCAUUUUUUAUUAAAUAGUGAAUCAUAAAAGUAAAUAGAUUUGUAUAUAAAGAAUAGGAAUCCCUCAGAUGGUACUCUGUGAUAUGAAGAAAGUUGUAUCUGAUGAUUCUGUCUGUCUUUAGUACCAAACAGUUUACUUUUGUGGUUAUGGCAUAGGCGAUAAUGUUACUUUAAGGUUAGUGGCCACAUAUACUGAGAAUUAAAUAUUAAAACUUGUAUCAAAUAAGAAUAGAUAGAAGAAAAAGAAUAGUGUCUAUACUUCUGUAUAUUAUAGAUUUUGACUGAAAAUACUUUUUAAUCAAUAUUUUAAGACUUUUUUAUACUCAUAAUAUUUAUUACUGCAAUGGGAUCUUUAUAUUAGAGAUAUUAUUCGACAGAGCUCAGCGUUUAAUGCAACUAAGCUUUCAUUUUGUAUUGCAAGGUAUAAUAAAUCUUUUUCUACUUACGUUGUAUAAUAUAUCAUUUAUAUUUUGUAUGUCAUAAACAUAGAUGAUACAAUUUUUUAAUUACUUAUUUAAAUUUUUCAACGAAGUGUUAUGAUAUAAACAGCAGUUUAUUUUCUAGUUCUGUACCCACCCAAGUCUUUAGACUGCUAUACAGAGUGGAUAUGUGUACCAUUUCAAGUGUAUAAUUUAUGAUCAAUAAACAAUAAAUAA